GGCAAGUUAUGCAGCUAAGUUAAAGGUGAACUCUUGAACCCUUCCAAAACCUUGUUCCAUUUCCUAGGGUUUGCAGACGCCUUUCUAGGGAAGAUGAAGAACCUGAAGCUAUCAUCCGAGAUUUCUGUGAGCUUGGACCUGCAAUCCCAUGCCGGACAACUCUUGUUCUCCGCCAUUGAUAUUGAACGAAAUCGCUUGUUUUUUGCUUCUUCUUUGAAUCUUAUAUACUCCACCCAAUUCCCAUCUCACCAAAAUGCCAAAACACAGAGUGGAACUAUCUUAUCAGCAGAAUCUCAAACGCUUGAUUUGGAAGCUGACGACAUCAUCACUGCAUUUGAUUAUCUCUUAGAGAAGGAGUCAUUGAUCAUUGGAACUUCUAGUGGACUUUUAUUGCUGCACAUGGUGGAUUGUAACACCACAGAAGUAGUUGGUCAAGUUGAUGGUGGCGUGAAAUGCAUUUCUCCUAGUCCAGAUGGAGAUCUUCUUGCAGUGACCACUGGUCUGGGCCAAUUGUUGGUUAUGACUCAUGAUUGGGACGUGUUGUAUGAAACCGCAUUUGAAAAUCACCCUGAAGAUGUUGACGUAAGUGAGUCAACAAACUCUCUUAAUUCCAAUGGAAGUCCCGUCUCUUGGCGUGGUGAUGGGAGGUAUUUUGCAACAUUGAGUAAGAUGCAAAAGAUGAUGCAAAUUAAGGUUUGGGAACGUGAUUCUGGUUUGAUGCAUUCCUCUUCAGAUCCUAAACCUCUUAGUUUAGAAGCUCUAGAGUGGAUGCCAAGUGGAGCAAAAAUUGCUACGGUGUAUGAUAGGAGAAAUGAGAAUAUGUGUCCAUCCGUAGCCUUUUUUGAGAGAAAUGGAUUGGAGAGAAGCUCAUUCAGUAUUAAUGAACCAUCAGAUGCUCUAGUAGAAAGUUUGAAGUGGAAUUGCAGUUCUGAUCUUCUUGGAGUCCUUGUCAGAUGUGAGAAAUAUUACUCUUUGAAGAUUUGGUCCUUCAGUAAUAAUCACUGGUAUUUGAAACAAGAAAUUAGGUACUCAAGACAGGAUAGACUGCAGUUUAUGUGGGACCCAACAAAGCCUUUGCAGCUGAUCUGUUGGACUUCCAGUGGACAAAUUUCUGUCUACAAUUUUAUAUGGGUUACUGCAAUUAUGGAAAAUUCAGUGGCUUUAGUUAUUGAUGACACCAGUAUACUUGUGACCCCUCUUUCCAUGACUUUGAUUCCACCACCUAUGUUCUCAUUCAGACUAAUAUUUUCAAGUGCUGUUAGGGAGAUGGCUUUAUAUUCUAACAAUUCAAAGAAUCUCCUGGCUGCCUUUCUAUCUGAUGGAAGCCUGUGUGUUGUGGAGCUUCCGACCCUUUCCCUGUGGGAAGAUCUAGAAGGCAAGGAAUUUACUAUUGAAAGUGCAGUUUGUGAUGUGACAUUUGGAUCUCUUUUGCAUCUUGAAUGGCUAGACACUCGUAUACUUCUUGGUGCUUCUCAUUUUGGGUUUGAUCAUGUAAGAUGUUUGUCACAAGGUGCAAUGACUGACAAUGCACGUCUGGGUUACCAGUUGAUGGAAAUUGAAGUUCUUUGUUCUGAAAAUCAUGUUCCAGAUUCAGUCACUUAUUCAAGCUGGAAUGUGAAAGUGACCAACCAAAUUUCCGUAGAUAAGCUGGUAAUUAGUAUUUCUUCAAAUCCUGCCAAAAGAGGGUCUGCAUUUGUUCAGUUUAAUGGUGGAGAUGUUUUUGAGUAUGUGUCUCUUGCAAGCAUGCCUCAAUCAGCUUAUGCUCCUCACUUUGACAAAUAUACUGCUGGGGCUCUUUCAUCAUCUUGCCCUUGGAUGACGGUGGGUCAUAUAAACAGUUGUGCAUCAUCAAGGCCUUUGCUAUUUGGACUUAAUGAGCAUGGUGUGCUUCAUGUAGAUGGGGGUAUACUGUGCAACAAUUGCAGCACCUUUUCUGUUUACUCGAAUACCUUUGAUCAAGUCAUUACACACUUGAUUAUUGCUACGAAGCAGGAUUUGCUUUACAUAUUAGACAUUGCUGAUGUUCUGAGUGGGGAUGCAAUGGUAAAAUAUGAAAACUUUAUGCACAUUACAAACAAAAGAAGGGAUGAUGAAGGUAAAAAGUAUAUAAAUAUAUGGGAAAGGGGUGCUAAAAUUGUCGGUGUCCUUCAUGGAGAUGAAGCUGCUGUUAUUCUUCAAACAAUUAGAGGCAACUUGGAAUGCAUAUAUCCUAGAAAAUUGGUCCUCACCUCGAUUACUAAUGCUUUAGUACAAAAGCGGUUUAAGGAUGCCUUACUUAUGGUAAGACGACAUAGAAUAGAUUUUAAUAUUGUUGUUGAUUACUGUGGUUGGCAAGCCUUCCUUCCAUCUGCUUCUGAAUUUGUGAGGCAGGUAAAUAAUUUAAGUUAUAUUACGGAGUUUGUUUGUGCCAUAAAGAAUGAGAACACAAGUGUGAAGCUGUAUGAAAACUACAUCUCAUUUCCUUCUGCUGAUGCAGAAGACAUUGAUACUACGAGAAAGGUUUCUUCAGUCCUAUUGGCCAUUAGAAGGGGGCUUGAGGAACAUGUACCUGAAAGUCCUGCUAGGGAACUUUGUAUCUUGACCACCUUUGCACGAAGUAAUCCUCCUGCACUUGAGGAAGCUUUGGAGAGAAUAAAGGUGACAAGGGAAAUGGAACUAUCAGGUUCUAAUGACCAAAGAAGAACAUCUUAUCCAUCAGCUGAAGAGGCUCUCAAACACCUGCUGUGGCUUUCUGAUGCUGAUGCUGUAUUUGAAGCUGCACUAGGCCUGUAUGAUUUGAACCUUGCUGCUAUUGUGGCAUUGAACUCUCAGAGGGACCCAAAGGAAUUUCUUCCAUUUCUCCAGGAACUGGAGCGUAUGCCAACUUCUUUUAUGCAGUAUAAAAUUGACCUACGGUUGCAAAGGUAUGAGAAGGCUCUUAAGCACAUUGUUUCUUGUGGGGAGGCAUAUCAUUCAGAUUGCAUGGCUCUUCUGAAAGAUCAACCUCAGCUGUUUCCUCUUGGGCUUCAACUCUUCACUGAAAUUACAAAGAAAAAUCAAGUUUAUGAGGCAUGGGGUGAUCAUCUCAUGACUGAAAAAUGCUUUGAGGAUGCUGCCACAACAUUUUUGUGCUGCUACUGUCUGGAAAAAGCUCUCAAGGCUUAUCGUGCUUGUGGUCACUGGAGUGGAGUGUUCACUGUUGCUGGUCUACUUAAGCUUGAUAAAGAUGAUAUUUUGAAGCUGGCGCAUGAACUUUGUGAAGAACUCCAAGCUCUUGGUAAACCAGCAGAAGCAGCCAAGAUUGCUUUAGAUUACUGUGGGGAUGUUAGUUCUACGAUCAGUUUACUAAUUACUGCUAGGGAAUGGGAGGAAGCUAUAAGAAUUGCGUUUAUGCACAAGAAUGACAGUCUAAUUACAGAAGUGAAACAUGCAUCUGCAGAAUGUGCUGGCGUAUUGGUUAGUGAAUAUGAGGAGGGACUGGAGAAACUAGGGAAGUAUCUCACUCGCUUUUUGGCUGUUCGUCAACGGAGGCUAUUGGUGGCAGAGAAAUUGAGGUCUGAGGAGCAUUCCAUGAAUGAAAUUGAUGAUGACACCAUAUCAGAAGCUAGCAGUAAUUUCAGUGGCAUGAGUGCUUAUACUACAGGGACAAAAAGGGGUUCGGCUGCUUCGGUGGCUUCCAGUAGUCCUAGCAGGCCAAGAGAGAGUAAGCGUAAGAAAAAUAGAGGAAAAAUCCGUGCUGGCAGUCCUGGCGAGGAGCUGGCUCUGGUAGAUCACGUCAAGGGCAUGAGUUUGACCUCUGGUGCCAGACGCGAGCUGAAAUCUCUGUUGUCUGUUCUUUUGAUGCUUGGUAUGGAAGAAACUGCUCGGAAGCUGCAGCACAUUGGUGAGACAUUUCAAGUCUCUCAUGUAGCAGCUGUCAAGUUGGCCGAGGAUGCAAUUGCAACCGAUAUUGUAGAUGAUCAGAAAUAUUCUUUGGACCUUUAUUUGAAGAAAGUAAAAAGUGAAGGAUUAAAUUCCGAAGCUUUUGGUUGGCGCUCCAAAAUAUUAAUUUCGCCGCAACAGUAGUGUCGGUGCUAUUUUAAGAAGAUGAACGCUGUGCUUCAACACGACGGAAUAAUAUAUUCUGAUAUCUGAGUAUGAUUUGCGAUUUGCUACCCUAUGUCUUGACUUUUUGCUUGUUUUUUGCUGAUAGAUUUCUGCUACCUUGAUCUGCAUAAGAUCUGUAAUAGAGGGGUUGAAGUUAGUUUGUUUUAGAGGUAGGAUUCUAUAAUUAGAAUUUUUGCAUUUUGUUCUGGAUAAUGAUGAGCCUAUUUAUUGAAAGCAGUGAAAAUAAUUUAAUAAAGAUAGAAUUUCCAAAUGAAUGUAAAUAUUUUUACUCUUUUUAAGGGGAAAAAAAAGUCUUUCUGAAAAUCCUCACUAUUCGUUCAUCCCAAAAUU